ACAGCGUGCGGAAGUGAUUUAGCUAGCGGGAGUUAGCCAGCUAGCUGUCUAUAUAUUUAGAUUACACGCGAUGCAUAUGUUUAAUCUUAUUUUUGUUACACUGCUGAACAAUAAUAUCUUGCAACACUUGUGCAUGGGCCAUCUUGUGUGACCGAUCGUUAGUUGUGGGGUCUGCGUGUUCUUGGACUUUUAGGAGAUGUCUGACUCCCUUAAGUCUCCAGAAGAGGCAGGCACACUGAUGGAAACCACCUUACAAGUGGCGGGGAAUUCUGUUGACCAGCGCACUGGGGAUUCAAUAAAUUCCAUUAAUGGCAUGUUGAAUACACAAGGCUCUCCUAUCCAAGUGAACACAGAUAGGCCAUGCACUACACAGACAGCAGUGGUAGAACCUGCAUGUAAUGAGAAUCUGAUGGAAGAUAAUCAGAAUGAGGAGAGGGUGGAGGAGGUGAGCCAACCAGACUUCAGACAUCUAGAGGGCCAACAGUUGGACAACAAGAAAAGUGGUAAUGAAUUGGAGAAGAUAAAAGAAGUAGAUAGGGAAAUUAAAGUAACUGUGGAACAGAAAGAACAUCAGAGGAGUCAGGAAGAGGCAGGUGGAACACUUGGAAGUGAGGAGACAACGCAGGAAGACAAAGACAUCAAGCAAAGAGAUGAUAUGGAAAGUGAACAGCAACAGAGCGUGUCUAAAGACCCCAAAAACACAACAGAGCAGCAACAGAGUAGUGGUCAGGAGGAGGAAGAGGAGAAGCAAACUGAUAUGAUGGAGAAUCAAAAUUUGACCUUCAAGCAGAAGGCAGACAAGGAAUUAGAGAAGGAAAACACUGAACGUAUUCAAGAGGAUGGCAAAUUUAGUGUGGGCCAUAAUAAGGAGGAAGACCAAGAGCUAAAGGAUGGUGUGGAAAAAGAAAGAUGUAAAGAUAGUCAGAAUGAGAAAAAGGAGAAGCAUCCAGAAGAAAUGAGGGAUAAAGAUUUGACAAGUAGGCAAGAGCUAGAGAGAGAAUUGGACAAGGAAAGCACUGGGCGAAAUCAGGAGGACACAAAUCCAGAGGAGAUGAUGUGUAAGGAAGGAGACGGUGAGGAGGAGAAAGAUGGGGCCCUGGGCUUAGUUUUUCCACUGGAAGCAGAAAGAGGUUCAGAGGAAGAAAAGAGUGAGCAGGAGCAGAACAUUCCAAAAAAGGUGGAUGGAGAACAACCAGAGAACCAGACAGAAAAUGUGAAGCAUGAAACGGAGAAGGACACAUCAGAGCAGCAUGAGAAGAUGGAGAAAGAGGAGGACAAUGAAGUGGAAAACAUGGAAAUGGAGGAGAAGUCAGAGGAAGAUGAGUCCCCAGCAGAAGGCAUAGAACAGGAAGAGCAGGAAGAAAAAAAACAUGCUUGUUUAGAGGCGACUGUUAUUAGUACAAUGGAGGACCUACAAAGUGAGAGCUCUGCUGAAACUCCAAUGGAUAUAGACCAAACAGAAGAAAAGAUGCAGGUAGAUGAUGUGCAGCAUUCUGAAAGCUGGCUAAACAUUGUUUCUGUCAAAGAUAAAGAUGAAAGCCCCUUUGAGGAAACAAGAACUGAGUUGGAGCCCACCAACAGCAAAGAUCAGGCUUCUAAAGACUUACCCCAAAACCUUUUAUCUGACGGAUCAGACAGAACAGCAGAAAAUCAGACAUCUCAGGAGUCAAAGGAUGGGCUGACAGACCUGCCUGUACAGAAGGCAGUGCUUCGAGUUCAGCCUGUGGCUGAGGCUGAGAAGAAAACGGCCAUUCCCAUCUCUGGUUCACCUCCAGUGAAGAUCAAAGAUGAGCCUAUGGAUGAGGAAUAUGAGAAAGCUCUUGCACCUCAUGCUCCUGCAGGGCGGGUCAAGGAUGAACCAGACAUGAAUGAAGAAUUUACACAGAAGUCUUCAGAUGAGAUUAAGAUCAGUGCGGUGUUCUCCGUUGGGGGAAACUCUACACCUAUAGGGUCCAGCACAGGGUCCACCACAGGCUCCGUAGGCUUGGCUCAUUCAGCAAAGGCGUCCCCCAACUCGUCAUCUGCUGUCCCCUCCUGCACCCCUGCCAGCCCUCUGUGUGUGGUAUGCUCAGGCUGUAAGAAAGUUCUCCUGAAGGGCCAGACAGCAUUCCAGCGAAAGGGCUGCCCCCAGCUCUACUGCUCAACACACUGCCUCUGCAGCAGUACCGCCACCCAACUAGUGGUCAAGCCCAAGAAAAUCUGUCAUUACUGCCUCAAGGAGAUUUCCAACCCAAAGGAUGUGAUCAUUGCCCCAGUGGAUUCAGCAGGGGCAGUGAAGGACUUCUGUAGUCAGAAGUGCCUCAGUGCAUUUAACUACAAGCGGGACGGCGCCAACUCCGUGCUUGCCACCGACCAGAAAAGUACCAAAUGCAGCAUGUGCCCAAAGACCUGCACUAUGCGACACGAGGUUAACUUCAUGGGCGGUGUCCAUAAGCUGUGCAGUGACACCUGCUUCAACCAAUUCAGGGCCUUCAAUAAGCUGACUAUGAACUGCUGCGUCCACUGCGGAGGCUACUGUUACAGUGGAGAUGGGCAGUGUCCCACUAUGCUGAUAGAGAGCGCUGUAAAAAAGUUUUGUAGUCAGAAUUGCGUCAUGUUCUUUAAAAAGAAGUACACAAAGCUAGUCCCUUGCACAAUGUGCCGAGCUUAUCGCUCCAUGGUGGAGAUGGUGGAGAACACAAACAAGGAAGGCAGCAGGGAGCUCUUCUGUUCUUCUGCAUGUGUGACUGCACACAAAGUGCAGACAGUCAGCUCUUCAGGUACUGCACUGGAAUGCAACAACUGUAAGCAAAUUCAAGUGCCUCAGUACCACCUGGCCAUGUCUGAUGGCACCAUCCGCAACUUCUGCUGCUUCUCCUGUGUUGUGUCAUUUCAGGAUUCUUUCAAUAAGUCAAACUCUCAAAACCAGCUGAAUGUGGCACCUUCGCUCAGCGGGGCUUCACCUGCGCCAAAGCUGGUCCCCACCAAACCCAUCUCUGUGGAUUCCAAAGCCUCUGGGGUCCUCCGCAUCCCAGCAGUGACCAAAAUCCCCUGUGCCCAGUGCCAGCGUUCCUUCUUCCGCAAGCCGGAGCUGCUGGAUUUUAAGGGAAAGAUGUAUGCGUUCUGUGACAAGGCAUGUAUUGACGAGUUCAGAAGGACCAACUACAUUAUGGCACAGUGUGUAUACUGCAAAAUUGACAAGGUGGUGAAGGAGGUGAAAAGGAUCAACAAUGUGGACUGCUCUUUCUGCAGUGAAGGUUGCAAGCUUCUCUACAAGCAUGACCUGGCCAAACGCUGGGGGAAGCAGCACUGUCGCAGCUGCCUGUACUGCAGCGGCACCUCCCAGACUGUUGUGACCAGUGUUUUUGGAGGCAAAAAGGAGGAGUUUUGUGGGAAUGAAUGUUUGUCACAGUACACGCUGCUGUUCUGUGAGGUAGCUAAGUGCAGCAUGUGCAAGCGUACCAGACAGAUGCUUGAGUCUGUGAAGUGGCUCGGCGAAAUCAAGCACUUCUGCAACCUCCAGUGUCUCAUGUACUUCUGCAGCGUUCAAGGCAAUGCAGCAGCACCUGUCAACCUCACCCCCAAGACUCCGCUCACGCAGGGGCCAGUGCCCAUAGCACCUGUGGCCUCUCCUGCAGCCCCCAACAGCAUGGCAGCUCAUACACCACAGGGAGGGAAAGAUGCCACACCUGUCAUUGCCAAUGUCAUAUCAUUAUCCAGCGCCACCAAUGGACAGCCUCCUGUGAUGGGAUGUGCUGCCUUGCAAGGAACCAUCCCUGCUGGUGUAAAGGUCAUGGGUCAUGCUAGCACUCAGACAGAUGCUGUAAAACCUCCUUCAGCUCCUCCCCCCAGAAUACUCAAGAACAAAGCUUUGCUCUGUAAACCCCUGAAUCAGAACAAGGGCACAUCCUGCAAGCCCAAUUCAUCUGAUAUUACCACACAAACAGAUGAAGCCCAACCAAAAGUGAUAGUGUUACCCUUACCUGUGCCAGUGUUUGUGCCUGUACCUAUGCAGCUCUACACACAGUACACGCCAGUUGGGAUGGGACUUCCUCUACCGGUGCCGGUGCCGAUGUUCCUCCCCACGACUCUGGACAGCGCUGAGCAAAUUGUGGAGACCAUUCAGAAGAUCAAGGAGAAAAUCCCAGACAACCCGUUGGAGGCCGACCUGAUCAUGAUGGCCGAGAUGGUGGCAGAGGACAGUGAAAAAGAACAAGCUGUCUCCCGUGGAGACCAAAAUGAUAACUUCAUUGAAGAUUUUGAUUUGGAAGCCUUGUCCAGUCAUCUCAGCUGGGAGGAAGACAGUGUCUCCAGUGCCACUAGAGGGGGUCGUGCCUCGGAGUGUGAAAAAGCACCCCAGUCCAAGCAGUCCCCCGCCCUCACCGCACAAGAGUCACAUAUGGACCUAGAGGCUGACUUCCCAGUUGAGUGCUUUGAGCUUUUAGAGCAGCAGUCCAAAAAGGAGAAGUCCCAAGCAAAUACCCGACUCAGACCACGCAGGAGAGGCCGCGAUGGCUUCCCCCAGAAGAAACGAGCCCGCAAGCGUGAAGUAACCCCGGCAUCAGAUAUGGCUGGUCUUCCCAACAUCUCCAAGCUGCACAAAGAGUAUGGUAUCCAGACAUGGAAGAGCUGGAUACGCUGGAGGAACAGCCAACCCAACUUGGAGAUGCCCAAGUUGGGCUCUCGCAGCAUGACGCUAAAAGAGGACCUGCUUCAGUGUAGCACAGCUGAGCUGAGCUACGGUCUCUGCAAGUUCAUCAGUGAAGCUCGCCGUCCUAACGGAGAAACAUACAGUCCAGACAGCAUAUAUUAUCUCUGUUUAGGCAUCCAGCAGCACCUAUUUGAAAAUAGCAGAAUGGAGAACAUUUUUGCUGACCUAUUCUACGCUAAAUUCAGCCAAAGCAUAACCAGCAUUCUCAAAGACUGGAAACCCACUAUACUGCCAAGUGGCUACGUGCACUCUCGAGUGGAGGAGGAGUACCUAUGGGAGUGUAAGCAGCUGGGCGCCUUCUCCCCCAGCGUGCUGCUCAACACGCUGCUGUUCUUCUGCACCAAGCACUUUUGCUUCCGCACCUUGGCGCAACACCGCCGCCUCUCCUUUGCCCACGUCAUGCGCUGCACACGUACCCACAAUGGAGCUAAGGUGGCCUGCCUCCGCUUCUACCCACCCGUGCCUAAAGAAGGCAAAAGUGCCCCUGUUCCAGACUCAGAUGGAGUCCCAGCCAAGAGGAAGAGGGGGGAUGAGGAACAGGCGGAGGAGGACGAUGUGGUGCUGGAAAUGCAGGAGAAUGCAGAGAACCCUCUUCGCUGCCCUGUGAGGCUCUAUGAGUUCUACCUCUCCAAAUGCUCAGCCACAGUGAAGCAGCGCAUCAACGUGUUCUACCUGCGUCCUGAGCGCUCCUGCGUGCCCAACAGUCCGCUGUGGUUUUCUUCAAUGGCGCUGGAUGACGAGGGGCUGGACAGCAUGCUCACACGCAUCCUCACCGUACGAGAGCUGCACCUGGAGACAGAGAAAUCCUCUGUGGCAUUCGACUCAGACAAUCCUUCCAAUUCUGACUGAAGAGCCCAUGGACACCCAUGUGUCUGGGAUUCAUACACUUUCAAGAACUUAAACAGGAAAUUAGUGGAGAAACUAACCAGCAGGAGAUAUUGUGGGGCCCCCGGUAAUGGUUCUAAUUAUAAUACACAGUCACUCAAUGGGUGCAUCCUGCUGGGUGGGAAAUGGAGAACCCAGAAUGCAUUAUGAUGUCAGAUGACAGAACUGACUGGACUGAAUAGAACAGAAUAUUGGACUCAGACAGUUGGACCCAAAUACCUUAGCGCACAACCCUUUUAUCAGACUGUUUUUGUAAAUCACUUUGCUGUGUGUAUUGCUCAGUUUUCCUUUUAUGUUCUCAUAGCUGUAGCAUAGAACUUCUUGAGAUAAAAAAAAGGUUUGUAAAGAAGGUCAAAAAAAUAACUACAAAAACACAACAGCUGCUGACUAGUAUCUUUUCCAUUACACAUUUGUGUAAACUAUUUCCUAUCAUGAUUUAUUCACUUCCCAUGUUUUUCUGUAACACUAAAGGAAGUAGUACUUGUUGGUUUCAAACGUGUGCCAUUUUUUUCUGAAGGUGUUCAACGAAUGUUUGGAAUGGCAAUUGUGAAAAUCUGACCAUUGCACUGCAUCAAGUUAAAGUGCAUUGACCUCAUGAUGAGAUAUUCAUUUGACCCAAUGUUGUUAUUAAUUCUUCUUCUUUUUUUUUCUUUUUUUUUAUAUAUAAAAAGCUUUUGUGAAUCACAAAAAAUCAAUUGUGAUGCAUUUUACUCGUUCAUAUACUGAAUAAGAUUGUACAAACGCAUGCAGUUUUUACUUCUUUACAUACAAGAUACCAGUUUUAAAUGGUUGAGAAGCAGCACUGGACAGAAAGGAAGGAAAAACUGAAAUACUAAUAGUUUUCCCCAUUCUUCUCAUGGUUUAAGCACUGGCUGAGCUAUGGCCAUUUUCUUUGUUCCAUAGUGCAAGCACAAAGUUAUAUUAACUGCCUUUUAUUGGUGUGCGAUAUAGUUUCACACGUUAUUUUUGAAUGAUUUGGCAUAGAAAACAUGCAUGCUGAUCUCUAGCCAGCUGGCUCCUGGCUUCAAUUGUCUGGUUCUUUUGGCACAUUUCUGCAGUGCAGAUUUAGUAAUAAAAUAAGAAAUGACUUAAACACCCCCCCACCCCCCAUCGUGAAGUGGUGUGUUGUCCAUCCAAACCCACUGAGUUAAAUUCUGUUCAACGGUCAGAUAAAAACAGAAC